CUGUUGUGUAGAAAAAUGAAGAUUCUCAUUAUUCUUGGAUUUCUUGUAAUCGCUGGAAUUAAAAACUCCAACAUCGUUCAAGCGAAAGAGUCAGAGCCUGAAACUGGCGUAAAGGAGCGGUACAUCAAUUUUCUUAGGAAGAUAAAUGUUUAUCCUUUAAGUGGAGAAGAUAGUGAUGAGAUUGAUGAGCAACAGAUACAGGAAAAGUGCAACAAUAAUGGUGGACCGACCGCGUACAAUACUUCCCUUCAAGGCUUGGAAAGCUUUCAAAAUUCUGUUCAGUCCAUAAUAAACAGUAUAAACACUACCGGGGACGGGAGAACGGAAAAGGAUUUCGCAGACGUUUGUCGUUCUAUCCAGAAUUUAAAUAACUUGGUAACCCUGGCCGUGAACGCGGUCAAACCUUGCUGGAACUUGAACGAACGCCAAGCUGUCGAAGUGAUAGUGAACGUUUCAUUUUCACUUGCGGAAUAUGUUUGCAAAACGAAUGGAAGUCCCCUCUUGGAAUUUUACACGGCUGAUGGAGUUAAAUGUUUGAACGAGAUAUCGGAUAGUAUGGAUAAUAAUUGUUUCCCCGACAAUUCAACUUUUACUAAUUCCAUUACCUACAGUGGUAAUACUGCAAUUCCAAGACAAUUCAGUCCUCCAACAACCACCAUAGACAGGCAGUACUGCACUGAUAUGGAGACGGCGCAAAAUUGUGUCAUUAGAGAGAUGAACGCGUGCAAGCAAAAGACACCUUCGAACUUCAUAAAUACUAUUUGGAAUAUUUACAAAAAGGGAUCAGGCUGCGAAGCGAUACUCAAAAAGAAUGCAGCAAAUGCUGUGAACAGUGCGUAAAUGUGAAAAUACGCAAUCUAACGAAACUUAUAAAAAUAAAACAAUAUCACAGGAGUAAUAUAUGCUAAAAUAGUAUCGUAUACCGUUAUCUCUAAUGCUGCAACAGCGAUCGCAUAAGUAUGUAGUAUUCGUACCACGCAUAUGUUGGUUUAUGGUACUAUCUCUUAUAAAAAUGCUAAAAAUUCUCGACAGGAUCAGACACGUUUCGGACAAGAUACUUACAGGAUACUGACAGACACGGACAGAUACGAAUCGAAUCUGUAAAGGUCUAUCCGAAACUCUUGUCUGUAUAUUGUAUCCGAAUGUGUUAGAUUGGGUUGAAUUUUUUCUGUU